AUGGCGGAGGGAUCCAUGGCAGCCACCCAGAAUGUGAAGAAGCGUCACGCGGACGCUGGUGGUGGCGUUCUUCAGCAGAAGAGGCGGAAGAAGGUGGAUGACAAGCAGGCCGACCUGCAGCCGCACGAGCUCAAGGACUUCCAGAAGCCCGGCGACGCCCUCAAGAUCCUCACAAAGCCGGCGAGGGAGAAGGCAGAGGCGGCGGAGCCGGAUCCGCUGGCUGAGGCCAUGGAGAUCUGGGCGGAGGAAGCGGAGCUGGGUGACUACAUCCAGCGGCAUGGUGAAGGUGGUGGAGAGAAGGGCACAAGGCCCAAGAUGGUGAAGAAGAAGGAGGAGGCCAUGAAGGCCGAGGAGGCGGUGGAGCAGGUGCAGGUGGAGCCGGAGGAGGAGAUCGUCGACGACAACGGCGAUGAGGGUCGCGAGGAGGAGGAUCAAGAAGACGAUCAGGAGGUGGAGGCCGAUGAGAUGGAUCAUGGCUGGAAGCGCCAUGAUGACACCGCCCCAUGGCGACGCGAUGGCAAAGGGAAGUGGGGCGGUGGUGGUGGCUGGCAGCAUGGUGGCUGGCAGCAUCGUGGCUGGGGGUGGCAGCAGCGCAACAAGCCACACUGGGCGCAGCACGGCUGGCGCCAGAACAAAGGCCAGGGCAAAGGCCACCGAGAUGAGUGGGGAGGCGAAUACGUCGAAGGAGGAUACCGCGAUGUGGCCGGCAACUUCUACCCGUAUGGCAGCGGCCGCACUCGCAAGCGCACGCUGGGCAAAGGAUGGCAGGCUCGGCAGAAGGAGCAGGAGCAGGGCGGCAAAUCAAAGGGCAAGGACAAGACCGGCGGCGAUGGUGGCUGGAGCGCCGCCCUAUCGGCGGUGCAGGAUUUGGCUCGGGUGGCACGGCGGGUGGUGGAAGGCAAACACCAGGCCUCAUCUGACAGCUAG